AUGUUCAUCAGACGAUCCCUUCAACCCACCACUCUAAAUGUUCGCCAUCCUUCAUUAAGAUCUCUCUGGACAGCCGUCACAGGAACCGGUUCUACAUUGGAAGCCUGUCUUGACAGCUGUGUACAACAAGCAAAGCUCCAAAAGGGAGCCACGGUUGCGGUUGCCAUGGUCUCAAAGUCAUUCGACGCUUACGAUUACGAAAGCUUACCCAAGCUUGUAAAGGAUCGUCUGUCACCUACGUGGCUUGUGGGAUCUGUUGUAGAUCGCGUCCCAAGUGUUGAACACGGUGUGUCUCUGUGGGUCGGUUACGACGAAAAAGUAGUCGGGUUCCAGGUCAAAGAUGGCCCUGAACGUAACAAGGUCAGGUCGGUCUCUGUCGGACGAUGGGGUCGUCCUGAAGAACUUUCGCGAGUUAAUUACCAAAGACAAAAAAUGGAAGAUGCUGGUUGGGAAGGAUUUGAAAGUGUUAGUAGACCUACACAGCAGUAUCCUUUGCCUGAUGAACUCUCAACAAGCAAAACACCUUCUCUUGUAUUUCUUGCAUCGGAUAAUGAACCGGAUGAGCUUUUGAAAAAUCUUGAUCAUCACUUCCCGGAUACAGCCAAGGCAAGUACCUAA